AUGGCGAAUGGACGCGUGAAGUUGGGUCGAGGGCAGACCAGCCAGUGUGAAGCCAAAUACUGCCUGCCCUUCACCGCUUCACCAAUCGCAUCACCUCAAGAAUCGCAUCACCUCAAGAAUCGCAUCACCUCAAGAAUCGCAUCACCUCAAGAAUCGCAUCACCUCAAGAAUCGCAUCACCUCAAGAAUCGCAUCACCUCAAGAAUCGCAUCACCUCAAGAAUCGCAUCACCUCAAGAAUCGCAUCACCUCAAGAAUCGCAUCACCUCAAGAAUCGCAUCACCUCAAGAAUCGCAUCACCUCAAGAAUCGCAUCACCUCAAGAAUCGCAUCACCUCAAAGUCGCUCUCAGCACCAUUUCCCACUUUUCAAGGCCGGAUGAUCUUUGACGGCUCAGGUCACCUUAUUGGUCAGCGUCACGAAAAUCCUGCCUGGACGGGGUCCUGGCAUUGGGUUCGCGAAUGA